ACCUCCCACUCUCACAAGCUCAAAGAAUUUUGCGCGACGUUUUCUCCAGUGGGUCGUCGGCAUAGAUCGCUCUGUGCUGUUCACGGCUGAUCACACUUGCGAUAUCGGCUGUUGGAUCCCGUGGAGCCUUUUGAAAGGAGAUAAAGUGACGGACAAUCCGGUUCUGAAACUACUUCGUUUCGCAAAGUGCUCCGGCAGACAGCAACUCUUUAUUUUGAUUCACCUACUUUUGGAUUUUAAAAGUUAAUUGUUCUCCCUUGCACGCUGCGACACUUUCGCUAAAUGGGACAUUCUCGAAGGAUUAAUUAAACAGCGGAAUCAGCUGGAGACGUAUUAACAUGGGCCAUCAGUCAGUGAGAACGAGUGGAGACCUACGGUGUGGAUACAAUUAAAGAAACAAAACAAGCUGUAAGAAAGCGAAGAGGAAAGUUCCAGCGCAGAGUGAAUAUAGCCUGAAGCAGUGUUGGGCAUUUCCACAGCACAGAGUCUGACCGAGUCGGCCUGUCAGCGAUGGCGUCGAGCCUGACCUGUGCGGGAGUGGUGUGGGCACUGCUGUCCUUCCUGUGCGCCGUGGCGUCCUGCGUGGGGUUCUUCAUGCCUUACUGGCUGCUGGGUUCGCAGAUGGAUAAGCCGGUUUCGUUCGGAACAUUCCGGCGCUGCUCCUACCCGGUGCGGGACGAGGAGAGGCAGGCGACGGUGAUGCUGGAGCAGUGCGGCCGCUACGCUUCGUUCCAGGGCAUUCCCAGCCUGGAGUGGCGGAUCUGCACCGUGGUGACGGGCGUGGGCUGUGGCCUCCUCCUCCUUGUGGGGCUCACUGCGCUCAUGGGCUGCUGCGUGUCCGACCUCAUCUCCCGCACCAUCGGGCGCGUCGCCGGGGGCAUCCAGUUCGUCGGGGGCCUGCUGAUUGGUUCUGGGUGUGCGCUCUACCCUCUGGGCUGGGACAGUGAGGAGGUCCGGCAGACUUGCAGUAACAGCUCAGACCAGUUUGUGCUCGGCAGCUGUGAGAUCGGGUGGGCGUACUACUGCACGGGAUCCGGGGCGGUGGCGGCCAUGUUGCUGUGCACCUGGCUGGCCUGUUUCGCCGGGAAGAAGCAGAAACACUACCCCUACUGAGGGAGAGGAGCGAGAAGCGGGGAGACCACCAAGGACCAGCCAAUCGCCUGGCUGCAAGGCAAAGGGAGGGCGGGUCAACGAGCCGGGGGUUUCCAAACUCGGUUUCCCAGAAUGCCUUGGUGUGGACAUCUUCGAAGGCCCACCGUAGGCUGGACACUUGACAAUGUUUGGUGCGUCAAAGGCACACGCUGAACACCUAAUAGCCAUGCCAUAGCAGGGACCGUUUUAUAUUCAGUAUAUAAAAAUAUAUAUAUCAAAGCUGAAUUUCUUUUUGUUUUUUUGUGCACUGUGUUAUAGACUACUUCUUCCUUCUUGUUCUUCUUAAAUCAAAGCAUUGUAAAGGACCAAUCUAUUUUCCUUUAAGUUUUGUUGUCUCGUAGAAAAUCAUUUUUUGAAGUGCGGUCUUACCGACCAUCUCUCUACCAGUUGUUGACGUUAUAGUUGUAGCGCGUGCACUAAAAAAAGAAAACAAGGAAAAAAAGGAACAUUGAUGGCUCAUUGUUAUGGUGGAGUGUGUUUUAUCUGUGUUUUUUUUUUCUGUUUUUUGCUAUUCUUGCCUUAAAUGCAUCAAUACAUCAACAAUAAUAGAAAUGCAAUAAGUUCCAUAAUCUCAACAACCAGUACUGGCUGUAUCAUAAAUUAGGGCUUUUUACGCUUCAAGAGUCCUAAGCAUUUAAGUGUCAAUUAUAUUGUAUGUUUUAGGUACCUAUUUUGUGUAUGAUAAUGUAUAUUGUAUAAUAGCUUAUGUUUUUGUAUAAUAACAAAAUAAACUGAAUGUUUUUAUUUGACUGUUUGUAAAUAAAUAUGGUAUAUUCUA